CCAGAGGAGACCCUGCGUCUCAGCUAUGGCCGCGCUGUGGAUCGUCAGCUGCCUGGCCCUGGUGGGCUCAGCCCUGGGCUGCGGGGUGCCCAGCAUCAGGCCCGUGGUGAGUGGCUACAACAAGAUUGUGAACGGCGAGAACGCUGUGCCCGGCUCCUGGCCCUGGCAGGUCUCUCUGCAGCAGUUCUCUGGGUUCCACUUCUGCGGAGGCUCCCUCAUCAGCCAGUACUGGGUGGUCACGGCCGCCCACUGCCGCGUCAGCCCCAGCCAGCACCGCGUCAUCCUGGGGGAGUACGACCGCUCCUCCAACACCGAGCAGAUCCAGGUCAAGAACAUCGCCAAGGCGAUCACUCACCCCUACUACAACGCCAACACCUUCAACAAUGACAUCACCCUGCUGAAGCUCUCCUCGCCCGCCCAGAUCACUGCCCGCGUCUCGCCCGUCUGCCUGGCCAGCGCUGGCAUGAGCGUCCCGUCUGGAGCGCCGGUGGUCACCACGGGCUGGGGCCGGACAGCCGGCAGCUCUUCUCCCCCUCGUCUCCAGCAGGUGGCGCUGCCCCUCCUGACCCCGGCGGCCUGCAGGCAGUACUGGGGAAACAAGAUUUCUGACGUCAUGAUCUGCGCAGGGGCCUCAGGCGUCUCGUCCUGCCAGGGCGACUCUGGCGGCCCCCUGGUGUACGAGAGGAGCGGCACCUGGUACCUCAUCGGCAUCGUGUCCUGGGGCACCCAGAACUGCAACGUGCGGGCGCCCGCCGUCUACGCGCGCGUCUCCGCGCUGCGGCAGUGGAUCGACCAGACCGUGGCUUACAACUAGGACCGCGCCCGCGUUCACGGAGCGUGAUGGUUAUUGCGACGUCUAAAUAAAAAAAAAAACAUGUAAUAGGUUUAUUCCAUGCUGAAAAAGAAGAAAGAAAACACUUAU